AGUGGGAGUCUUAUGCCUCACACAUAGUUUUCGCCUAGCCAGAUUUCUCAAGCUGGCAGUGUGCCUUGUCUCGGAUUUGGACACCGACCCAACUCCAACAAUCAUGAGAUAGCGAAUUGAUUGCUCUCGACCCAACUUGAUAUUAUACAUUUAGAAGGAAAUGACUUCUUCGAUCUGCAUUCAAUCGCUUACUUCCUUUUUAUCGACUUAAAAUCAGACAAAAUUAUGCACCUCCGCGACAGUAAUUGGUCAGGAUUAGGCAGCAGGAUCACCUGUGUAAUGCAAUGGCUGCAUCUGAUGGGACAUGGCAGAACCGCACAUUGUAAACACUUGGAUCAGUUUUUGAAAUCUGAUCUGGCUGUCGUCGAAGAAAAGAUCGCAGACUUCAACCCCAAGAUUUCUCGAAUUUUUAAUCUUGAAUUUCCUUCAGCCUUACUACUCUGGUCAUUCUUGAGUUGCAUGGUUGUGACUUGGUGCACAUUCCAGUAGAUAAUUUUCCCACGAUCUCAGUACCGUCCUCAAAUUGCUGAAAGGAAUAUUGUCCUUCUGGUUAAGCUCUUCCAAAAGUUUGUUACCUCAUUCAGUUCGAAGAAGAGUGUCGGACCCGGUAUCGGAUUUUCUUCUGAUGCACCACAGUUUUCUGAUCAGAAACACAAACCAAAUCAGUGGCUUAAUCUUUAAGCCGAGCAACUUCAGUACCCUUGUCCUCAUCUGAAUGCUGAUUACGACAUGAAUCGUGAACAGAUAUUAUAAGAGUCCUGCAUUGCCUCUCACUCCUGCGGUUUUCAAUCUCUUUUCUCGUGCACUUUAUUGUUGAACUUUGGCUGCUGUGGAAACUGAAAGUUGUCUGAUGUAGGCAGGCUCAAUUGGCUAUGAAUCAACUCAUUAAUGACCUCUCUUUCUUGCUCAAUUCUAACUCUUAUUAAUGAGGUAAGAAGUGAAGUGGGAUAUGAAGAUGCUUUGAAGAAGUACUGACCUCCAUCUUAAAUCACAGCCUGCCUCAACCUGUUGCAACGAGCUUAUCCCUGUGCAAUUUUUUCAAAUCCAUUGACCAUGAGUGCAGGAGAUCGGCAUGCGCUUCACACAGUUACAGCCAUGUCUCGCUUGCUAUGCAUCUUGGUGGUGGCGUUUACGACUCACCUAGUGGUGCCUGCACUUGCUCAAUCCACCGUGACGCUCAAAGUGAAUGCAACAAAUCCUGGCAGACAGAUUCCAUCUACUCUUUUUGGACUAUUCUUUGAAGAGAUCAAUCAUGCGGGAGAUGGUGGCCUUUGGGCAGAGCUUGUUCAGAAUCGAGGUUUCGAGGCGGGAGGUUUGAAUGUACCAUCAAUCAUCGAACCCUGGUACAAGAUUGGCACCGCAGCACAAAUCACGAUUGGAACCGAAUGCUCGUCACCACACGCCCGAAAUCCAGUGGCACUCAAAAUUGAAGUCCUCUGUGACAACAACGACGCUAGCCUGCAGUGUCCCAAGGGAGGCGUUGGGGUUGCUAACCCUGGAUUCUGGGGCAUGAAUAUAUUGUCUGGCUCCAAAUACCGAGUUGAGUACUGGUUGAAGACGACAAGUUCUUUCAAUCUUUCUGUGGCCUUCACAUCUGCAAACGGAACCGUUUUGGCACAAGAGCAUGUCAGUCUGAAUGCUGGAGAAUGGAGGAAAUACUCGGUUGUUUUAAUGGCUACGUCUACGGACCACAACGCUCGGUUGUCUUUAACGAGUGGCACAAGAAGCGUUUUCUGGGUGGACCAAGUUUCUGGCAUGCCCACAGAUACUUUCAAGGGACAUGGAUUUCGGAAGGAGCUUGCCACAAUGAUCUCCGACUUGAAACCCGGGUUCCUUCGUUUCCCUGGUGGUUGCUAUGUUGAGGGUGCACGGUUGGUAAACGCAUUCCGUUGGCGGGAUUCGGUGGGUCCUUAUGAAAAUCGUCCGGGACAUUACGGAGACGUGUGGUACUACUGGUCUGAUGAUGGCUUUGGCUACUUCGAGGGCCUCCAGCUGGCCGAGGAUUUGGGAGCAGCACCGAUAUGGGUCUUUAACAACGGUAUCAGCCACGAACAAUCGGUCUCAACUGAUGUUAUUGGACCAUGGGUUCAGGAUGUACUGGAAGGAAUUGAAUUUGCAAGAGGGCCUGUUUCCUCAAAAUAUGGUGCAAUGCGAGCCUCAAUGGGACACCCCGAUCCUUUCCCUCUCCAUCAUGUGGCAAUUGGUAAUGAAGACUGUUAUAAGCCGUAUUACAAAGAAAACUACAUGGAAUUCUACAAAGCUAUCAAGCUUCUGUACCCAGAUAUACAGGUGAUUUCUAAUUGCGAUGGCUCGGGUGCGGCGCUCGACCAUCCAGCCGAUUUAUAUGACUACCAUAUCUACACAAAUGCCAACAACCUUUUUUCAAUGCGUCACCAGUUUGAUAAGACUUCUAGGAGCGGACCUAAGGCAUUUGUAAGCGAGUAUGCAGUAACGGGAUCUGACUCCGGAAAAGGCAGUCUGCUGGCUUCGUUAGCCGAAGGCGCAUUUCUUAUUGGCUUAGAGCUCAACAGUGAUGUGGUGCAUAUGGCAAGCUACGCACCCCUCUUUGUUAAUGACAACGACAGAAGAUGGAACCCCGAUGCAAUUGUCUUCAACUCCUGGCAACAGUAUGGGACACCCAGCUACUGGGUUCAACAAUUUUUCAAGAAAUCCAACGGCGCCUACCUCAUAUCCUCCACCAUGGAGGCUGACUCAGCCUCGGCCCUUGCAAAUCUUGCAACAUCGGCUGUCCGCACAUACAAUGCCUCUACUGGAAUGGAGUAUAUGAUUGUCAAGGCCGUGAACUUCGGAAGCAGUGCUUUGAACCUGAGCAUUGCCGUGUCUGGGAUAUCAGCCAAUAACGUCGUGGCUGCGGAUUCGCAUAUCACGGUCAUGACAUCAGGAGCAGUGAUGGACGAGAACUCGUUCACAAAUCCAAAAAAGGUGGUGCCCCAAGUGAGCCAAGCCGAGAACGCAGCACCGAACAUGCAAAUCCUACUUCCUGCACACUCAAUCACAGCCCUUGAAUUGGGGUUGUUACCUACAAAGAGCUCCACAGCUACACUUGAGGUUACACAAGUGACCUCCAAAGAUAGCAAAGCGCCGUUUCUGGUUUAGUCACUGACAAAAUGGAUUUGAAUCUCCUUUGUACCGUCAUGCUUUUAUUAUACUUCUGUAACAGACAGACGUUCAAAGUAGUCUGCAGGGUCAGAAGCUUGUGGUAGACUGUUCUAUCAACUAUAAUCUCAACUUGCAGGGCGACAGUUUCACCACUAAAAUCCAAUUUUCUGGAGUUAAUUCAGGUGUUUGUUUGUCA